CAGAGAGAAGCAUUAGAAAACAAACACAGGAGUGAGAGCAGAUGGGGAAAAGCUUCUUUUGCAUAGCAUGUGCAGCCGUGAGAUCAGCCUGCAGGGCAGACACUCAUCUUCGAGUUUAUUCUAUACUCCGGGGCUGGAGGGAGGAGGAGGAGGAGGAAAAAAGCUGCAUGUCAGGCACACAGACUGAAUUAAGAACAUGAUCCUCACAUACACUGUCUGUCAUGGACGAGAAGAAAGCUCAUGUCAGAAAAAGAGCAAAGAAAGCAAGAAAUGAGUGUGUUGGAUUGGACCUGAACUGAACACAAUAGUUAAAGAAAAUAAGACAGCUAUUCCCCAUUGACAAAUAUGAAGAAGCGCCGAGCAAGGAAGCGAUGUCUGCUGCUGUUGGUGUAUGUGACACUGUUGCUUCUACUCCUAUCCAUGCUCCUGCAGGAUGACUGGUGGACAUUGAGUAAUAACCGUUCUGCAGAAGAGCAUAAAGGAAGAUUGGAACACUAUCCACCUCGGCUCUGUCCCAGUUUCAAUGCAUCCAUGUGGGAGAAUGAACAGGACAAUGAGGAGGCAGAUAGUGAUGAUGCUGUCUCUCCUCCACCACGCACACAUGUGUAUUUGCACGCCACAUGGCGAAGUGGCUCAUCCUUCCUUGGGGAACUCUUCAACCAGCACCCUCAGGUAUUUUAUCUAUACGAACCUGCAUGGCACAUGUGGCAGUCACUGUAUCCCGGAGACGCAGAAAGUCUGCAAGGAGCACUUAGAGAUAUGCUCAGCUCACUCUUCCGAUGUGACUUCUCUGUGCUUCGUCUCUAUGGCGGAAACAAUCUUACCACUGCUGGGCUGUUUGGUGGACGGAGUAGCAAGUCGAUCUGCAGUGUCCCAUUCUGUAGUGCCGGAGGUCCAAGGGAAAAGAUGGGCCUCGUGGAGCCAGCGGAGUGUGAGAAAAACUGCCCUGCCCGCACUCUUAAAGAUUUGGAGGGGGAGUGCCAACGUCAUCCUGUAGUAGUGAUCAAGGAUGUACGGUUGAUGGAAUUGUCUGUGCUGCGACCAUUACUGAGAGAUCCCGGCCUCAAUCUGAAGAUAGUGCAACUUUUCAGGGAUCCACGGGCAGUGCAUAACUCGCGGCUCAGAUCAAAACGCUCGUUGCUACGGGAAAGCUUACAGGUUUUGCGGAGUCGCUUGCGUAUAGUGGACCCAGCAAUAAAGGCGCAACAGCAACUACAGCUGCACCGUGGAGGAGCAGACUACCUGCUAACAGGCGCUCUGGAGGUGAUCUGCCAAGCUUGGAUAAAGGACCUUUUGCUCCUCCGUCGCUCUGGUCCAUCUUGGCUCAACAAACGCUACCUAAGACUCCGUUAUGAAGACCUAGUGCUGAGGCCCCGUGAUGAGUUGGGACGCCUACUUCGAUUUAUAGGACUGCCAGCUAUAACAGAGCUGGAGCAGUUUGUGAUGAACAUGACCAGAGGGCCUAGCUACUCCUCAGACAGACCAUUCCUGGUAUCAGCUAGGAAUGCUCGGGAAGCGGUCAGUGCGUGGAAGGAGAGACUAAACAGAGAACAAGUGCGUAAAGUGGAGGAAGCCUGCGGGGAAGCUAUGUCAGCGCUUUCUUACAAGCCACAAGAAGAUGAGCAAAGAAUUUAAGUUAAAAAAAAAAUUAGACAAUAUUUCUCAAAACUUGACCCUCAUGGAUCACCAAUAGUCCAGGUUUUAGCAAUAAUCCCAUUGGAACACAACUGUGCAAUCCCUAAACUUUGGACAUUUGGUGACCCUCAGGGAUGGUAUGAGAGCAAAUGCACUAGAGAAGAAGCCCAUCAUCCAUGCGUAAGAUAUGGGUGUUCAUGAUGCACUGAAAGCAGGGGGUGGGAGUCUGGUUUAACAUCCUAAUAGUAGAAUUAAGAAAACUAUCUUUGCUGUUCCACCCGAUAACAAGUUUUACUGUUUUAGCCAGUUAUGGCCAAAAAGAACAGACAAAACUUCAAACGCUUUUUACUUUGAAUGUUUAUAUUAUGUACUGUAACAUUAAGCAAUAUAAAAGAUGGUCAUGCCUUAUGUACAUUCUGAGUAACAUUGGGCACGAUUUCCUGGUACAGCAUUUAAUGGACUCCCAUCCUCCUCAUUAUGUUUCCGUGGGCUGAGGGUGGUGGGAUUUGUGGAACAUCGACUAGUGUAGCUGCAGUUUAGCAAUACUUGCUACAAAGUUUUAUUCCAAAAUGAGUAAGAAUCAAAGGUUGUUUUAGUUGUUUUUUCAAAAUGUAUCUAUUUAUUGAGAUUACCAAAUUCAAACACAGAUUUUCACUUAUUCUAGCACUGCUCCUUCAUCUAAAGUCUAGUGUGCUAAAAAUGUAAAAUUGUGUAUUGUUUGUGCAGCAAUCUGGCAACCUAUUUCGUAUAAUUUCUUUGAAUGUAACAUGAUUGCCCUAAAAAAUAGAACGGGUUUUUACAAGUGUGUUGUCUUCAAGUGACAUGUUGCUAUUUUAACGUCCGAUUUACUUGUAAGUAAAGACGAAAAACCUUGCAAGUGCUGUGGUUGAGUCUCAUUACUAACCACAAUAGUCUAACUCAGCAACCUGUUAACUCAUUCUUUCCACAAACAACUCGGAAUCAGGGUUUACAGGGCAAUCACACUCUGCAAACUCUUCAUAUACCACCCCUGCAGCUUUGGAUUUGUGAUUUUGCUCCUAUAGUGCUUCUGAUUUACUAGAAAGUGAAUUAUAAGUGAGCUGGAAAAUGUAUUGUGAAGUUUGUGCCCAAAAAUUCACAAUUGUGAAAUGGCUGAAUUAGAGUUUUUCAUGAGCUUUGUAUUGUCUUACUUUUACAUUUAUAUUUUCAGUUCAACAUAAUUCAUAGUUUACUAAAUAGACCCCUAAAAUACCAUUCCAUUGGAGUUGAGCAGCUGCAUGAUGUUUUUCUUUUUCAAGUGGAAUGGACAAUCAUGCCCAGUAAAGAUUUUACUACAGUUUGCAUGACUGAAAUAAAAUAUACAAUUUAGAAAUCAUGCAUUUAUCUGAA